AUUGCCAAUUAUGGAUUCGGCAGUUGCUUAUGUUAUUACGUAAAUUAGAGUGAAACAAGCUUUUCGUUACUUGAUAGUAUCAGACAGCAAAAGUAGCAACCUAAAGCGCUAGCUGGCUCAUAGCUAGCUAGCUAAUCCCUUUCCGCCUCAUGAAAGCACUCACUCGAACGUGAAAAAAACACCUGACAGGAAUUAAGAAACUAUUUAUAACAGCCUCGUCGACGCGGUAUUGUCAUUCCGUCAAAAUAAUAUAAACGAAUUGCAAGCCUCAGUGGUAGUUAUGCUGAGAAAAACAUGGCUUCCAAAAUGUGGAAAUGUCAUAUUGUUAAACAGUCAAAUAUCAUUACUAUAUGCUAAGCUAGGAUAGCUACGUAAUUACAUUGCCAACGACUUUAGCUAUAACAUUUGUAGCUUUACAAAGCCAACAAGGCUCCUGCGGUAAGGGCUCACUCCCCCGGAUCCCCAGUGCAUGAAGUUCGCCUGCGGUUGAAGCAUCUCAGUGCUGCCUSCCCUGCUCCUCCUGCCUUUCAUCAUGUCCUCCAACUCCUCCUCUUGCUCCUCCUCUGGWGAGACCAGUCCAGAGGACGUGCCCCGAGGUGGCGGCACCAUCCGCGUCUACCUCCCCAAUAAACAGAGGACUGUGGUGAAUGUUCGCCCUGGCCAGACCGUUUAUGACAGUUUGGAUAAAGCCCUUAAAGUGAGGGGCCUGAGCCAGGACUGUUGCGCAGUGUUUCGACUCCUAGAGGGUCGCAAGAGACUAACUGAUUGGAACACUGACAUCACCCCGCUGGUAGGAGAAGAGCUGCUUGUAGAUGUGUUGGAUGAUGUCCCUCUCGCCAUGCAUAACUUUGUACGGAAAACCUUCUUCAAGUUGGCCUAUUGUGACUUCUGCCACAAGUUUCUGUUCAACGGCUUCAGAUGUCAGACAUGUGGCUACAAGUUUCACCAGCACUGCAGCAGCAAAGUUCCCACUGUGUGUGUGGACAUGGACACUAUGACAAAACGGUUCACACCUAAUCCCUGCACAGAUGAGUACCCUCAGAUAUCCAUACUGUUGCCAGACAACUCCAUAUCCCAGAGCGACAUAGCCUUAACCCCAGAUUCUUCUGGGCAUGGACUUCUGUCCCCGACCUCUGCCUUCCUGUUCCCCCCGCCAGUUGGAGAUGGACCAUCCCUACAGAGGCAUCGGUCCACCUCCACCCCCAACGUCCACAUGGUCAGCACAGUGGGCCCUGCCGGAGUCAGCAUCAUAGAGGAGGCGUUAAAAAUACAAAACAAUACAAUGGGUCCUGAACCCUCAUCCAAACCCUCCACCAGCCCGCCCUCCCUGGACUCCCCUGGCAGGAGACCCCCUAAAUCCCCCUCAGAGCACAAAGAGCGCAAGCCCUCCUCAUCUGACGACAAAAAGAAAGUGCACCGUGGCGGUUAUAGAGACUCAAGUUACUACUGGGAGGUCCACUCUCGAGAAGUCACCAUGCAGAAAAGGAUAGGUGCAGGGUCCUUUGGGACUGUCUUCAAGGGAAAGUGGCACGGAGAUGUGGCCAUCAAGAUCCUCAAAGUGACAGAGCCAACACCUGAGCAGCUGCAGGCUUUUAAAAAUGAAAUGCAAGUCCUAAGAAAGACACGCCACGUCAACAUUCUGCUGUUUAUGGGCUUUAUGACUAAGCCUAACUUUGCCAUCAUCACACAGUGGUGUGAGGGCAGCAGCCUGUACCGUCAUCUGCACGUCUCCGAGACCAAGUUUGAAACCAUGCGCCGCAUCGACGUUGCCAGGCAGACAGCACAGGGCAUGGAUUAUCUUCAUGCCAAGAAUAUAAUUCAUCGAGACCUGAAAUCAAACAACAUCUUCCUCCAUGAGGGCUGGACUGUGAAGAUCGGGGACUUUGGGCUGGCCACAGUGAAGUCUCGAUGGAGUGGCUCCGAGCAGGUAGAACAGCCUAGCGGUUCCAUUCUGUGGAUGGCUCCUGAGGUGAUCCGGAUGCAGGACACCAACCCUUAUACGUUUCAGUCAGACGUGUAUGGCUACGGGGUGGUUCUGUUUGAGCUGAUGUCAGGGACUCUGCCUUAUUCCCAGAUCAACAACAGAGACCAGAUACUCUUUAUGGUUGGGCGCGGCUACUUGUCUCCAGACCUCAGUUUGCUGUCCAGUAGCUCACCCAAAUCAAUGAAGAGGCUCAUCAUUGACUGCCUGAAGUUCAAACGUGAUGAGAGGCCCCUCUUUCCACAGAUCAUGUUAGGCAUUGAGCAGGUCCAGGACCUGUUACCAAAAAUCGAGCGGAGUGCCUCGGAGCCCUCCCUCCACAGGGCUGUGCAUGCAGAGGAACUGAACCCACUCCUGUUCAACACCACUCGGCUGAUGCCCAUUUGAGCCCUGACCUUCCAGGCACCCAGUCCCAGAAGCUAUCUGUCUGUCCCUCUGUCUGAGAGAGAGAGAGAAGAAAAGAGACCAUCACUGAUGCAACCGAUGGCUGCAUUAUUCCCAUAAGAGAGAGUGCACUGACAGCUGCCCAUCCCAACACCCCAGAGGCUACGUACCAAAUGGCACCCUAUUCCCUACAUGGUGCACUACUUUUUACCCGAUCCCUAUGGGACACUAUAAGACUGCCAAUUGGGAAACAACCCASCAUUCCCCUUCCUCUGGMACUGGUUGGGGCUCCUCCCACAGACACCACCACCAACACAUACAACCCCUCGUCAAGCAGACACUCCCCAUCACAACCCCCUGAGCCCUCAGUCUCUCCCUACUCCACUUCAAACACACAGCUCCCCUCCCUUCCCCCUGCUCACAGGCCUACACAAACUGGAACUGCAGAACACACGCUAGCCUGGCCAUGUCAGACCCCCUACAUUCCUAUACUGUAACUGUACAUGCGUGGCUAUGGAUUUCUCAAGGCUGCUUUUGGGGGGGAAGAKACUUUUUUUUUGUAUCAUUUUGAAGUCGGCGUUCUGAGAAAAUAAGUGCAAGCGAUGGAAGAGAAGUGCUUGCAAAACAACAGCAUGCAGAGAAGUGAAUUUCACUUGGGUUUUAUGACCAUAUUUAUAGUUAUUGGUCCUUCUGGUUCCAUAACGGUUUUGAUAAAUUAGUKUCGUCAAUGCGUUGUUAGAAUAUGAAGAUGAAUAAGUUGUAUUGCUGCUUUACAACAUGGAUCGAUAUGCCACUGUCUAAGACCAUCUGUUUGGAAGCCGUGAACUGCAGUGUCAUAUGGGUACAGCAACAUUUUGAAAUGCGCAGAGGAGUCGUAUUCAUUAGUGCACACCAUGACAUAGUGCUUUGCCAUCGGAAAUAAAAAACAAGUGGUUCUUAUUGGACAAGGUUAGGUAGUCCCUCCAUCUUUCAGUCUGUUUUCUUCCGUUUGGUGCCUAAUGAAUACRACCCAGACAUGUUCAAACCUGUGCAUUUUUUUCCAUUGAAUACAUGUAGGUUAGUUCAGCCCAGAGAGCUUCUGUAUGACCAUGAAACCUGUAGUCUUAACAGAUGAGUAGAGUAUUCUCAAUGCUUUACAUGCUUACAGUCUGCUUGACUCCAAUGCACCAUGGGGCAGCACUUGUGCUAGCUUUGACUAAUCUGGUUAAAACAAGCUGCCUUACUUGUACAGUUUUCUUGCUCAUUGUAACACUAUGGUUAUGGCUGUGGUUGAAGUGAAAAGUAGUCUCUUCCGUGGAUGUUUUUGGUUUAGUUUAAAAUGUGCUWGUCACUAUCAAUCAUGUGACCUCUAGUUUGACGUCUGAUUCCUACUGUCAAUAACUUUAUUUUUAUUUUUUUGGAACAGUUAAAAACGCAUACAAGCCAUAUUUUUGAGUAGCUUAAACACUUUGGAAAAUAGUUGCUGUUAAAUCAAUCAUUUCUCCUGUUCCUCCUUCCUAUUGCUGUUGAUUGCGGGCUGCUACUUCAAUUGAGCGUUGUAACUAGUGAAAGGUGGUUGCUUACUUGGUUCGCAUUAGCAGUGAUGAGCCUAUUAGUUUCCAGCUUCUUUCAGUGAAAGUGCAUUGAUUGUUAUUUUGAGAGGCUUUUUCAAUUGAUGCUAAGUAGAUGGCUCCAUGGUGCAAUGGGGUGGGGAUGGCAGUUAUUUUCAGUUAUUUGGCUGAAUACUGGUUACAAAAAGAGGCAGAUUUGAAUCAUCAUUGGUAACUUUUUUUAACUAACUGUAACUGUGAUCUUAACCCAUAAGGGUUCUGUUGUUUUUGGUGUUAUGUAUGCUCGCAAUGGACAGUACAGGGGCGUGAUUUCUUGAUGCUGUAUUUGACGUGAUCAAUUUAAACAAGUGCAGGUUCUAUCAUGGGUCGACGGUUACUCAACAAACAUAACUGACAGCUUUUAUAAAAAACAUGAUAUACAGGUUUUUAACCUAGAUUCUUUAGAGGGGCUGGGCACCCUAUUUUGUUUCCUCAUUCCAAUGAGGUUGGUGGUUAUGAUUGGGUUGUAUGAAUAGGUUUGGCUUGGGGAUUUUGGUAGAAAAGGGUUGGAAAAGAUUUCUCAUCUUAUUUAUUGAUAUUACAUAAAGCAGUGUGAUGGAUCUGCUGUCAUGGACCUUUUGGUGGACUAAAUAUUUACUGAGUGAUAAGAGAUCACUCUUUACAGCAUUUAAAUCAUGGAUGGUUUGGGUUCUCUCUAACUUAACGAAAUGUCCUUUCUAGUCAUGGUACUGUCUCAAACUAUUCUAAUUGAGCUUCAGAUUUCUGAUACGCUGUGUCAUGCAGGUGUAUUUAUUUGGCUUUUGAUUACAACAUUUUCGUUUGCAACUGUUACUUGGCCGCAGUGAGUAAUUUACUGGGGUGGAAUAAUGUCGUAUACACCCAUUAUACUGCAUAUACAGUGUCCUCUUGGGCCACUGGGCUACAUUAUGUCAUACCCAGAAAUCCCGGUUGGCAUAUUCCCGGAAUGAGCAGGAAAUCCGGAAGCCUCUAACUAGGAUUCCUGAAACUCAAACUUUUGGAAAGUUAGCAGAAYUUUGCAACCCUACCCUCCUCUGAUUAGACCAGUAAACAUGGAAUGUGUCAUUAAAAUGGCAUGUACUGUUAUUAUUGCGAUAUGCAGCAAAAGAAAGAAACUAUGGAACACAUUUUUUAAGGCGUUGUACAUCAAACAUUAAUUUGUCUUAUGAUAUGUAGGUCAUAAGUAAUUGAAUAGCCCAAAGGCUGAAUGAAACAUAUCUUUCCAAAUGAAAUCCCUUUUUAUAGACUUUAUUUCUUUUUGUCCUGUGUGUUUARAGAUAUGCAGGAAUAGUCUAGCAUCUUACGUUUGGUGGCAUUGCUUUACCAUAAUGUUAGUCGGUCAGUUUCUGCUGAAUUAAUUAGUAAACAUGUUUGUCACUCAGAGGGACUCUGUGGCGAGCUCUUUAAAAAAAACUUCCCCAUUAGUUUAUUCUGUUGUAUGUUUGCAGAAAGGAGGACAAAAGUGCCACAUUUACUGGAAUUUUGUACAAACUAAAUAAAGAAAUUGACCUCCCCUGAAAUGGACUGUACUGAAGUCAUGAUGUCACAUUGAAGAUGCCACUUACUGUGCUUUAGACACAUGGUAAUUAAAGGGGCGCAUGGCAUAAAAACCGGACUGUCAUAUUUGACCAGAAAAUAUAAUUAACGAAUUCAGUAGUUUUGCAUAUCUCUAGGUGAAUUGAAAUAAUUGUGUGUAUAGUUUCUGAGGUAUCAGGGGUGUUCAGUUUGCAAUAAAUGGUAUAUUCUGCUGUGUACAGUAAAACAUUUUAAAUUACAAAAUUGUACUUGUUUCUAUUUUUUGUGAUGGUUUCAAAAAAGAACAAUUAUUUUAAAAUUUAAAGGAAAUCUUAGGUUUUUUUGUCUUAAAAUAUUGAUGCAGGAUUUUAUUCUUUAAAUAAAACUGUGGAAUACUUA